ACUCUGCGUCGACAUCUAAGUGCCCAUCAUGCGGCUGACUAUCGCCAGUGGUGCACAAAGACAGGAUUCACGUCACAGCUCCCGCAAGAUAUCUCUGCCCGCAAAGUCGAAGCAGCAAAGGCGUCUAUGACGCAGGGCAGCCUGGACAAACAUGUCCAGAAAGUCACACCGGCGGAAUAUAUUCAGCCGUACACAGACGAGCUGUUCAAGUCAGCAGCUAUUCAGUGGUUGGUCGAGACUGAUCAGCCUAUCGGCGCUUUCGAGCACCCAUCGUUCAUCAACAUGAUCAACGUAGCCUCACGCGCAAAAUCUGGUGUAGUCAUCCCAUCGCGUUGGACUACCCGUCGCAAAAUCAUCAACAUUUUUCAUCAGUAUCUCCGCGAUCUGAAGACACGACUCAAUGUACGUUCGACGGCACGAUUCAGUGAUGAACACUGA